AUGUCUCUGUGCAGAGUCUCCUCCCUGCUCCUGCUGGCUCUGUUCGUUGAGAAUGUGGGCUCAACAGCCACCUGCAGGACCACAUGCUGCACGUUCGUGCAAAACUUCCCCUUACGGCUGAAGCAGCUGAGGACUUCAUUCUUCGAGAUGAAAGAGUACUAUGAAGAAAAAGAUCAGGUUGAAAAGGCACUCCUGGAUGAAUCUGUCCUCGUUGAGAUAAAGAGCCCCUUCGGAUGUCACGCAGUGAGCGAUAUCUUGCGUUUCUACCUGGAACACGUGUUCCCGACUGUGUACGUAUCCAGUCACGAGUUCAAGAGCCCCAUCGACAGGAUCGGAGGCAUCUUCCAUGAGCUGAAGAGGGAGCUGAUCCACUGUAAAGAUUUUUUUUCCUGCAAGAAACCUUUUGAGCUAAACAGUAUCAUUGACACAUAUAAUAAAAUGCAGGAAAGAGGGUUGUACAAAGCCAUGCGAGAGCUAGAGCCAUUCUUUAACUACAUCGAGGAGUAUAUGGCAUCGAAAAGGCACAAAUCAACCUCAGCAUCACAUGGGAAACCAAGUGAGGCACUGACCCCCAGCUGA